UGCAUAUACAGAUAACAGAUAUAAACAGUCAAGGUGAACUGGGCAGGUGAGCUGGAGAGGAACCUGAGAAGGAGGGGGCAGGGUGCAAGGGAAAACUUGAUCCUAGCUCAGGUUGGAAACUCAAGCAUCUGUCCACCCAUCCAGCUCAGUGUGCAGUAUAUAAGAACUGGGCAGCUGUCAGUGGCCACCACAAAGCCUUAUCCUCCUCCUGCUGCUGCUUUGGACCUGGACGGACAGCACGUCAAGCCAACAGUGGAACAUGUCGUUCGCCUCCAUCCUUUCAGCUGACGCCAUUGAAAAAGCUGUCAAGGACUGCCAAGCUCCGGACUCAUUCUGCUACAAGAAGUUCUUCCAAAUGUGUGGCCUGUCCUCAAAGACGCCCGAGGAGAUCAACCAAGUCUUCAGGAUCCUCGACGAGGACAACAGUGGCUACAUUGAGGAGUCUGAGCUCAAGUACUUCCUGCAGUGGUUCAUCAAAGACGCUCGAACACUGACUGAGGCAGAAACCAAGACCUUCAUCUCAGCUGCUGAUGAUGACAGUGAUGGCAGAAUUGGAGCAGAGGAAUUCCAGGCAAUGGUCCUGUCCUGAGUUUUGACAGAGGGAGCUCAAGUGUUCAGGUCUUCAGUCACCACCCCGCCCCUGCAGUUGUAUGAUCCAAGCUUCGAUUCCCAAGGACUCCUUUUUUUUCUACUGAAUUCUGUAAAUGUUAUAAAAAUUACCAUUUAAACACAAGAGGCUUUACACUAGUUUCUCCACCGUGUUGGUCCAUGUUUUCUUGUCUGUGCACAUCCCAUCUUUGACAAUGAAUGAGAUAAAUAAACACAUGGAAACAUA